CCUCUCUGUGUUUACUCCAUUCGAAGCUUCCCUGCCUUCAGCCACCUGUCAGCAGAUCAAAAUCUCUCUCUCUCUCUGAUAAAGAAACAUAUCAACCAACAUCAACUCCAAGUGCACUUUCCAAAAUGUGGCUCGCCUACCCCUUCGUUGUCUUUGGUGGAAUCAUAGCCACCGUUCUAUCGGCCCCAAUUAUCAAUGAUGGAGGUGGUACUGCAAGAACCGAGCAGGAAUCUACAAGUGUUGCAGCACGUGUUUUAAUUCCCGUUCGCAUCGCCCCGGAAGCACCGCGAAGCCUCUGUGACAGAAGCCUGCCACCACCAUUGGGAAAACAUGGCAAUAAGAAGAGACAGGAUUGCUUUAGCUAUUCCAGUUACAGUGACAAUCCCGAGAAAUCGAAGCGACAGGACGAUUUUGGAUAUUCUAGCUACGCUGAUCAGCCUGAGAGGGAGAAACGAAAGGUUCCUUCUCGUUAUGACAGACCUGUGAUUGCGAAGCGGCAAGAUAGCUUCGGCUAUUCUGAUUACGACGACAACCCCGAGAUAUCGAAGCGACAGGACGAUUUUGGAUAUUCUAGCUACGAUGAUCAGCCUGAGAGGGAGAAACGAAAGUUUCCUUCUGGAGAUGACAGACCUGUGAUUGUGAAGCGGCAAGAUAGCUUCGGCUAUUCUGACUACGACGACAACCCCGAGAUAUCGAAGCGACAGGAUGGUUUUGGAUAUUCUAGCUACGAUGAUCAGCCUGAGAGGGAGAAACAACAGAUUUCUUCUGGUUAUGGCAGACCUGCGAAUGCGAAGCGACAAGAUAGCUUUGGCUAUUCCGAUUACGAUAGCAACAAGGCGAAGAGGGAAAGGCGACAGUUUGGCUAUAGUAGUUAUGCCACCCCUCGACAAGUCUCAGAGGGAGAAGAGUAAAAAGGAAACAUCGGCUAAGGCUGAAGAUUUAGGAGGGUAGACGGCAUGAUAAUGCGGAGAUCGAAUAGAGCCAAAUAAAUUAGGGGCUUGGGGAUCGUUGGUUGGCGUCAAAUGUAAAUUAGUUCAGUUCAGCGUUUAGGAAACGGGACAAGAACUAGUUCGCCUCUGGAAACCUCCCAAAAAGAGAAAACGACUGUUCUAUCGAGAUAUGGCCCGUUCUUUUUUUAUGUGAUCCUCUCCAGGAGCGAUAUUUCACACUGGAAGUUGUGGUUUUUUGACUUUGUAUCUACCAAUCUAGUCGUGUUAUGAAGGUAGACAAUUUUCGGUUUAUUGGGCA